AUGUCUCAGGACCAUGCACAACUGGAUAGUGGGUUGAUUUGCAAGGUUGUGUUACCUAUGAUAAAGACUGAUCCUUUGGUGUCUAUCCCAGUGUUGCAAAGUGUUGUCCAUCAAAGUUACCAUUUUAAGCCCUCGUAUCGGAAGGUGUGGAUGGCAAAUCAAAAGGCAAUUGCCAAGAUCUAUGGCGACUGGAAAGAGUCAUACAAUAGGAUUCUGGCUCUCUUACAAGCCUUGCAGGAGUGCCUCCCAGGCACAAUCCACGAGUGCAAUGAUGUCCCUUAUUACAACGGGGAUAUGGUUGAUGGAGAGUGGAGUCAGUUUGAUAAGGUUUUCUGGAUAUUUCCUCCAUGUAUUGAAGCGUUUAAGCAUUGCAAGUUAUUUGUAUCGAUGGACGGAACACAUCUGUAUGGCAAGUAUGGGGGCGUGCUUUUGAUUUCUGUGGCUCAAGACGGAAUCCUAAUCAUAUCAGAUAGAUCACAGGCCAUUCGCGCCGCUCUCAAUGCACCUCACAAUGGAUGGCAUCCCCCAUCAGCAUAUCAUGCUUACCGCAUCCGGUACAUGGCAUCAAACUUCAAUUCUAGGUUCAAGUCAACCGAGGGUAAGAGGUACCUGAUAAAUGCGGCGUACAGUCUGAGUAAGGAAGGAUGCGACUGGUACUUGGAUGCUUUAGGUACACUGUCCCGUGAGAUGGUGGAUUGGGCUCUUCGUUUCAGGAAGGAAUUGUGGUUGCAGCAUUGCGACGAAGGUCGUCGGUAUGGUCACAUGACUACAAACUUAUCGGAGUGUAUAAAUGCCAUGCUUAAGGGAACGAGGAAUCUUCCAAUGGCAGCGAUUGUUCGGGCAACGUAUGAGCGGUUGCAACAGUUGUUUGUGCGUAAAGGACGCGAAGCACUUGCUCAGUUACAGGGUAGACAGAUCCACUCGCAGCGGCUGUUGGAAGCUAUAGAUAAGAACAGAGAGAGUUUGCCGAUGUUGCGAGUCACCCAUUGUGAUCGUAGGACAUCCGUUUUUAGCGUGAAAGAGAUGGAGCCAUUAGAUGCUUGGUCACAGACAUCAUAUCGGGUUCGUCUUUCCGAGCGUACAUGCGAUUGUGGCCUGUUCCAGUCAUUGCAUUACCCAUGUCGACACGCCCUGGCGGCAUGUGCAGCUGCGAGUAUCGAGUGA